AUUAGAAACAAUAACAGAAUGACAGAUAUCAAAUUAUUCGGAAAAUGGUCAUACUCUGGUGUCACCUGCCCAGAUAUUUCUUUACAAGAUUACAUCUGUAUUAAGAAAAACGUCUUCACUCCACACAGUGCUGGUCGUUACAACAAAGUCCGUUUCAGAAAGUCACAAUGCCCAAUUGUUGAACGUUUAGCCAACUCUUUAAUGAUGUUCGGUAGAAACGCUGGUAAAAAAGUCAUGGCCACCAGAAUCAUCGAACAAGCCUUCGAAAUCAUCUUCCUCUUAACUGACAAAAACCCACUCCAAGUUUUAGUUGAAGCUGUUAUGAACUCUGGUCCACGUGAAGAUUCAACCCGUAUCGGUUCAGCUGGUACUGUCAGAAGACAAGCUGUUGAUGUUUCACCAAUGCGUAGAGUUAACCACGCCGUCUACCUCUUAACCCAAGGUACCCGUUCUGCUGCUUUCAGAAAUAUCAGAACAGUCUCUGAAUGUUUAGCUGAUGAAUUAAUCAAUGCCUCAAAAGGUUCACCAAACUCAUACUCAAUUAAACAAAAAGAUGCUCUCGAACGUACUGCCAAAUCACACAGAUAAAAGGGUCAUUUUUGUUAUAUUUCCAAUAAAAAGAAAUUUUUGUUAAAAAAAAAAAAGG